AUGGACGAUUUAUCCGCUUAUCUUUUACCGAUGGAGAUUUUCUUUUCCGCAUGCACUUUAUUGGGAAUCGCUGGCAAUUUGUUGAUGGUGAUUGUGACGAUAAAAGCGAAAAAUCUCCAAACAGCAUGCCAUAAACUAAUCGGGAUCACGUGUUUUGCCGAUGUCCUCCAUCAAUCGGGUCAAUUCCCAUUCCUUUACGGUCUCUACACGCGCACACAAUGGACCACGCAAGCCGAUUGUUUUUAUGUGCAAUUAGUCCCGAUUUUCGGGGUUCUCACUGGUUGCGUGCUUUUGUUGAAUCUUGGAGUCGAUCGACUUAUAGCCGUCACAUUGCCCGCUUUUUAUCGUCAAAAUCAGCAAACUCAUCUUUAUUUCUUUCUACAUUUAAUCGCUCCUUUAGUUUAUUAUUUUUUCUUUUUAUUCUACGCAUUUCAGUUCAGGAAUGAUCGACCGGCAAUGUGUGCAAUUCCGGAAUUCUUCGAUGGUCCCUCGAAUUCCCUCUGGGCUACCGUAUCCGUCAUUUUGAAUGCGCUCGUCGUUUUUUGCUAUCUUCUCGUUUAUGUUAAACUUCGAACAUCAUCUUUUAGUAACGCCGCUCGUGCCGUCUUCAAAUCUCUCUUCAUCACAGUAGCCAUUGUCUCCUGUGGCUGGUUCGCGACAAUGUUCACCAAUUUUCUUUCGGUGGCUUUUGGCGCAACAGGGAAUACGAUGUUUUUGAUACAAACAUACGCUGGUAUUCCGGUCAAUUUCGCGGCCGCGUGCAAUUUCCCCGUUUACUAUACGAUAAGUACGGAACACCGAAACGCGAUUCGCUCGCUUUUGUUUAACAAAAAGCCGGAGAAAUCCGGGGAAUUCCCGACGGCGACAAACAAUACAAAUAAUGAGAGUUCGUUUCUCAUCAAAAGUCCGGUAAAUAGUCCCGACGCUCACCGUCAACCAUCGUCACAUCUUUUGAUCAACGCCGAUGCAGUCAAGCCAGAAAGCCGAGUGUCUCUCCCGCAA